AUGUUCUCUCCUCAGCCAAACGGGGCCCCGGCGACGUUGACGAGAACCACGAAGCGGCGCCUCAGAGCAAAUGGAGGCGACAGUAUUAAUGGACCGAAGACGAAGAAAGCGAGAAUGACGGUCAGCGAUGAAACCUUCAUUCCUCCUGAUCCCGCGCCAGAAAUGGAAGAGACAAGAAACCACAAGGUCGCAGCACUUCCUCGACCGGACAAUUCAAGGGACUCAGCACCUGGCGCGCAACGGGACAUGGCAUUGAGAGGUGGGCGGCCUUUGCGGUCUACGGAACGAGUUAGUAAAGGAGAUGGAACCAGUGUGCUUACUACGAACGAUACAUAUACCGUCAGCAGGCUUCCCGCCCUGCCAGAUGUACUCAGACUGGAUGCUACAGUUCAUCAGCAUGGAUCAUUCGACCCGGACACCGGUUACGCCCUAGCUCUCACACAUACGCAAGCAAUCGUCUGGCCCUACGCGGUCAGCUCACAGUCCCCCGAAAGUCAUGUAUUUACUUUACCGCACCCUUCAAAGCAUGUCACAGACCCGCUGCCCCUAGGAUCCCUUGUUUCGCCUCCAGCUUCAUCUACCGACCCCGGUCUGGUGGUAGUCAUUCCCUCCAGCGGCAAGAUUACAUAUUGGGAGUCUGCUGCUGCCGCUGCCACCUUAGACCUACGGAUGAAGCGUAACGGUGUCGAAUCAUCAAUCCCAGGGAUGAUUUCAGGAGAGAUUGUCAUCCAAAUUGUCAACGCCGAAUCAGCUGGCUUUUUGCUCGCGUUCAGUACUGGUAGGAUUGCAUACAUGAGCGUCAGAGAUGGGCAAGGGAGAGCAGCUAUAUCGGUCCAAUUUCUUCGAAGUGGUAGCGGAAUUCUCGGCGGUGGGUUAUUUGGCAGCUUACGAAAUGUUCUAUCUAGCUCUGCUCUGCGGGGAGAUAUUGCCGCCGUCAGAGCUGCACGCCCCGAGAGAGUUGGGGAGCGAAGCGUCGUUCUGGCGACGACGAAGGGAAAAAUACAGUCUUGGAAUAUACAUCGAGGUGGCCACGCGACCGUCAUUGGGGAAGCCGAAAGUAGGGAGGCGAUCGUAACGUCGAUCAAGGCUACCAGUCCGGUACUCAGUGAUCUCCUUGUCGAAUGUUUCGAAAUCCAUGACUUUACCUUUACGCCCAAGACAAACGCCCAAUCGCAGCUGAGCGAUCACACUGAUGGCGUGGAUCUUCUGGUGUUAGUGUCCAUGGCGCAAAGAGAUAGCUCACACUACUUUCUCGUAGAAGUUGUGCUGAAGCAGGAUGGCUUGGUCGUUGCAAGCACCCGUCCUGUCACGUCUUAUACAACCCCCGUUAGCCGAUAUGCAACCUCGAAACCUCGACUAUUCUUGCCUUACCCGGCCAUUAUUGCAUAUGUCGUAUUCGAUCGUGCUAUUGUUGUUAUUUCAAUGGCAAAGCAACCGGACUCCCCCGACUUGCAGCUUCGGUCGGAAAGUCAUAUCCAACCACCGUCUUUCGAGGAUGUGAUAGAUUUUCGGCAAGAGAUGAACGUCGAAAUUGUCGGCUCUAAUAUGGAAGAGCUGCACCGACCAUCAAAUACCACCGACGAUCUCAAGUCUCGUCGCCACAAAGUCAAAAACCCAGCAGCCAUUCUUCUUGUUCGAGGUGGGGGCGUUCUGCGUGUCGCAGCUACCGACCUUGUCAAGCUGUCUUCGUCUGAUGCGCAGCAAGUGACAGCUAAGAGCAAAAUUGAACAGGCCGUGUUUUUCGGGAAUCUAGAGCAGAACCCGUUAAGCUUCACGGCACGACCUGAGCUACAGUUUACAUCAGAAGAAAUUGGCGCAGCUGCUUUGGAGUUGAGCCAGCAGAUUCUGAAGUCCGAAUCUCCACAUAUCAAGGAUAAUCUAGCAGUCGAUAAGAAUCUCAAGCUUCGAACUACUUCUUUGCGAGACCUCGCGAAGUAUGUCAAAGCCUGUGGAGCCUCUCUGGAUAGGAUCACGAAAUGGAGGCUACUUUGGGAUGCCGAAAAAAUUGCCGCCGCAACAGUCAUAUGGAAACAUUUCGAUGCUUCCAUCAGAGAUAAGCCGGAAGGCAAGAAGCGGGGCCUUAUGAACGAGAUCGUAGAGUAUAUCCAUGAAAAUUACAAGACCGAGCCCAUAGAGGAAGCUGGUGAGCUUGAUCGUGUCCGCCAUUGGUUCAUCAAAGACAUAUGGAAUCUUGAGAUGGCAUUCCCAUGGGCUUUCCAGGUCAUGAAAAUAACCUUUCAAGAUGGCCAAAAAGACCAUGCUUUUGUGAUGAACAUGGUCAGCGAAGCCAAUGACAUUCUCGUUGGCGGGCUUCAAGCUGCAUUCGACUUUCGGGCCGCUAAUCUCGACCUGUACAGCCUUGGGAAGGAAAAGCUUGAGCACGGAAUUUUGAAGGCGGGUUAUGAGGAGAUGCAGAACAGUAUCUGGACCUCGACACAUCUCAUUGCGGAGAGUCUGAGAAAGCAAACGGAGCUUGCUGGAGUGCUUCUAUCAGAGCUCUGGGAUAGACCUCUUGUACCGGGGGGGCCAGAUAACGACCUCUUAAAGAAAACCCGUGACGAGUUUCCAGCUCUACUUGAUAUCACCAUUCGAUCUAAUCUCGAACGCGUGAGAUGGGGCUCUUCACAGGAAGAUAAAAAGUGGCAAGAGCAAGCGAAUCAAACUAUGAUGGCGCUUCAAUCCGAAAUAGUGGGCAAGCAGAUUGGAAUCAUGGCCGCCGACCUCGCACUAGCAGACGAGUCUAUGGUUUUGGCUGAGAAGCAUGAGCUUCUUAAUGUUCUUGCGAAAGUGCUACAUUACGAACUCAUGUUUAGCCUGGGGAAGCUGCGCGAACCUGGUCUCGAUGACGAAGAACUAAGUCAUUGGAACAGUCGUUCAAGGUAUCUCCAAAAGGGAGCCGAACGCUGGUUUUCUAGAUUUGGUGGGAGAUGGGCGGAGGCUUUGUUUGAGCAUGAGAUAAGCGUCGGAUCGAUGGCAGAAUUGCUGGACAACUGGAAAGACCAACAGCAUUACUUGACCACAUUCCUCCGCAGCAAGCCAGAAUAUGCAAAGAUAUCUUGGAUUAACGACAUCACCAAGGAAGAAGAUUUUGGGAAUGCUUCGGCGACUCUCCUUGAUCUUGGUCUCAUUCGCGAAUCGGAACAAUGGAGCAAAAAAGUCGAGUUGAGUAUGGGCAAAAUGGCAUUCUUGGCAAGCCGGGCCCGUAGCCCUAAGGACAAGCCUUUGACACCCGACGAGAGUAAAAUCAAGUUUGCUAAGGUUCAUAAUCAGCUCGGGCUGAUCAAGAUCCAAGAACAAGUCUACGAAGUAGUCCGUCCUUCCAUUGAAAUGGCCAUCGACGAAAAUGCAGAAUUGCAACUAGCACUUGAAUCCCACGGCAACAAGGCUUUGCGGGAGCAACCAGUGUUUACACGACUCCUGGCUGACAGUAUGGAACUCCUUAUCAAGCAUGAGGCUAUGGAUGCCGCAAAGCUUAUUGAUCUUUUGACGCUCAUUGGCGACCAUCAAGCCGAAACUUACGCAGAUGACAUCUUCCAGACUCAGCGAUUCUACCUUGCACUCCAAGCUUCCCGCUAUGGGACCUCUAGUAAGGAUGAUCGACACCUUAAGCAACGAAUUAUUUGGAGACGUUGCAUGCUGGCGGACAAGUGGUCCCUGAUCAACAACACAACUCAGAAGGAUGACAAGCAAGUUCAGGAACUGGAAUCUUCCACCAUAUUGUACCAGACAUUCAAAGCUUGCUUCAAGAAUCGUCUAUUUGACAAAAACACAAACGUCAAGGCGAUGAACCCUCGUGAAAUCUUGGUAGCAGGCACUGAGGAGCUUGAGGAUCGGUUCACCAGCAGUGAUGCCAGCACCCAGGAAAGUAUCCUCAAAGACAUGCAACUGGAAGAAGACUUCCUGGAGCUGCUCAUGGAGAAACACCGACUGGAGAAAUGGUACGAAACUAUCUACGACCGAGCAGAGCGGGAGUACGAGGAGGCGCUUGCGGAUGAAACAGAAGAUGGUAAUAAGAUGCAGGAAGCAGCCUUCAUGCUUGACAGCAAGGAAAGAGAACUCAAGCGGAGAGAGGAGGAAAAAUCCGAUGGCUUGUUACACUCGAAGCCACGUUUCAAGCCCAAGACGAAGUUGAAUGGGAGGAGUAUCGGCGAACUGGGACAACGAGCGCGGGCAUAUGGGAGCGAGCAGGGGAAACACGGAUAG